AUGUUCCUAAUAACCUUGGUCGCUCUAUUCUUCGGUAACACACCAGCGAGCGAUUGUCUGAGUCCGACUCCUCCGCCAACUCGUCUUCUAUCUCUUGCUAGCGUCACUUCGGUAUGCGGUCAAUUGCUCAUCAUGGCUAUAACUCAGUUCUACGUCUUUGUAUCAACAACAUGGCAGCCAUGGUUCAUCCCGUAUUCUGUACCAGUCGGUGAUGAAGCAGAGGAUAAGAGGAGCAUGCAGGGUACUGCACUAUUCUGCACCACUACGCUCCAGUACAUUACACUGGCUCUUAUCAACAGCAAAGGAGAACCUUAUCGAAAACCAAUAUUUUUUAAUAUACCCUUGUGUAUCACAUUACUUGUUGUGACAGUGGUAUCUCUUUACAUAACCCUGUGGCCGCCUGGUUUCAUCAUCAGCUUCCUGGAGUACGAUCCGAUACCGUAUUUCGAGAAUCGACUCCUCUUGGUCUUCAUCGCUCUCAUUUGUGCCGUAAUAUCAUAUCUCUUCCAGUAUGGUGUGGUUGAGUUCUUGAUACUGGAGCUCCGAGAAAAAUGGCUUAGACAUCGACGCAUCAAGGAUCCGCAAGCAAAUCAUGAGAAGUUCGAACGUCUACUAUUUGAUAUCGGACAAGAGCCUGCAUGGCUGCGUGCCUACACUCGAUCACAGCAAAAGCAGAACGGGAAGGAGCGAGCAACGCUUCCACAAGAUCAAACAACAAGGGUCUAG